GGAAGCGGCACAAGGGGAGCUAAACAGCAGCAGCGGCUCAACUCUGCCUCUCUCACACAGACUCCCAAGUUAGUGUUUGGUUAAAACUUGCUGCUACCGUCAUCAUGUCUGUUUUGUGUUAUAAUAAGGGAUGCGGACAGCGGUUUGAUCCGGAAAACAAUCCAGAGGAUGGUUGUACCUACCACCCAGGAGUCCCUGUGUUCCAUGACGCUUUAAAGGGAUGGUCCUGCUGCAAGAGAAGAACCACUGACUUCUCUGACUUCCUUAGCAUCGCUGGCUGCACAAAGGGUCCCCACAACAAAGAGAAGCCCCCUGAGCCGGUAAAACCAGAUGUGAAAACAUCAGGAGAAAAGAAGGAGUUGGAAGCCCAAAAACCAAAGUUUAAUGAGUACAUCAUCUCUGCACCGAAACCCCAGGAGGCGAUAAACAGACCAAGUCCUGAUGAGCCGAUGGUGAGAGUGCAGCAAAAAGUUUCCGCCUCUUUAAAGCAGGCGCUAGAGAAAUUGAAAGUAUCUGAAAAUACAACAGAGGAAAAAGAGGAAGACAGCGAUGAGAUCAAAAUAGGGACAUCGUGUAAAAAUGGAGGAUGCACCAAAACUUUUGAGGGACCUUCAAGUGAUUCGGAUGUGUGUGCAUACCACUCCGGAUUUCCCAUCUUCCAUGAAGGGAUGAAAUACUGGAGCUGCUGUAAAAGGAAAACCUCUGACUUUAACACCUUCCUGUCUCAGGAGGGCUGCACAAAGGGAGCACAUCUAUGGAAGAAAAAAGAUGCGGGAAAGAAGGUGGUCCCCUGUCGGUUUGACUGGCACCAGACCGGGGCACAGGUCAUCAUUUCUAUAUAUGCCAAAAGUGCCGUCCCUGAGCUCAGCUAUGUUGAUGCUAACAGCACCACGCUCAACAUCCAUAUUAUAUUUGAUGGUGAGAAGGAAUUUCAGCAGAAAAUCAGCUUGUGGGGAGUGAUAGAUGUGACCAAGAGCGUAGUAAACAUGAUGGCAGCCAAGAUAGAAGUAGCCAUGAAGAAGGCCGAGCCGAUGUCCUGGGCUCGCCUGGACCUUCCGCCUCCUGUGCCCCCACCCAAAGACAAUGAUCAGAAGAAAGAAGAGGCUGAUAGCGAUGAUGAGGAUGAAGACGAAUGACGAUUUGUUCACAAUACCUUAGUCAGACAAUUAAAUUAUUUACCUCUUAAAGAAUUGACUCUUUUGAGGUUACUGCGUUAUUUCUCAGAUAUCCAUUGUUAUUUUCCUGUAUCAAUCUUUUUCAGAAUUAUCUCUGCCUUUCUUUUUCCAAAUAUUGGAGUUCCUUAAAAGCUUGAGUGCUAAGCAAGUAUGUUUCACAACAAUUUUAACAUUGAUAAAUGUAGACUUUAGUCAAGUGAGAUAGCUCACCUGGGUAUUUGCACUGAAGUUAUCUGUUAAACCACUUGAUAAAAGUGAAAUGAGGGACGGUCAGCACCAUGUUUAGUGUCAGACCUUGACUGCUUACAUAAAAGAACGCAGCUGUGACCAUCUUUCUUCCAUGUUUGGUAAAAGAUGAUUCCACCUGUACAUUUCAUAAUUAAGACAUUGGAAGCCCUAUGAUUCCAGCGGUGUAAUAUUUUCUCAUUCCAUCCUUGAGUUUUAGUUACCAGAUGAAUUAUUAAUUUGUUUGUUUUUACACUGUCCUUGUGGAUUUACACUCUUGUCUGUGUGAUACAAUGUUCUAGGUUUGAAUCAAGUGUAUAAAAUGGAACUUAUUUGAUAAACUUCAAAAGUAAUAGUUCAUCUGGUUUGCCCUGUUUUUUGGGGUUUUUUUUUUUGUUUUUUUUUUACAGUAGAAUAAAAGGUUUGCUCCACUCUUGAUUUUUUUACAAUAUGUUCUGCAUUUGUUUUCAUACACAAUUUGCUUUGAGUGACUAUAAUUCUUGUAACUAAAAAACAGGCUGCCCUUUUGAUGGGAAUAUACUGUAAUAUUUCAUUCUGCCAAAUGGAUACUAAGUAUUUUGAGCAAAGUACUGUAGUGAAAUAAGACACUAGACAGCAUGUGUCUAUGCUUAAUAUAUAUGAAGUUUAUAUGACUUGAUGCGACCAUCAUAAGAGGAUCAUUUAGAAACAAGGUUAUUCAACCCUCUACAAAAAUAAAGUUU